CGUUCGAUCGUUUAACCCGAUCAUUGUCUGUCACGUCCUGCCAUGUGCUUGAUGGCGGAUAGAGAAUACUGGUCGCCAUCAUGAAGUGGAAGGAGGACAUUUGUCUGGAAGAACUGCCCAAGUCCCCUGGCUCUGAGAGCACUGCCAUCUCGCUGUCGGAUAUCGAGAAAGACAUCCUUGACAAGCAGGUUACGGCGCCGCCCUCACAGCCCGGGUUCUUUGGCAUCUACCGAUAUGCCAGUCGCUGGGACAUUUUCCUCAUCAUUCUGAGUUCGAUCGCAUCCAUCGCCGGAGGGGCUGCGCUGCCUUUAUUCACUGUCCUCUUUGGCAACCUCACCUCCACCUUUCAAGACAUCGCCGUCGGCACCAUCACCUACGAGCACUUUCACAACGAACUCAACAAAUACGUCGUCUACUUCAUCUACCUCGCCGUCGCCGAGUUCCUCACCAUCUACAUUGCGACCGCAGGAUUCAUCUACACCGGCGACCAUGUGGUCCAGCGGAUCCGCGUGGAAUACCUGCGCGCGAUUCUGCGCCAGAACAUUGCCUUCUUCGAUAACCUGGGUGCGGGUGAAAUCACCACCAGAAUCACCGCAGACACCAACCUGAUUCAGGAUGGAAUCUCUGAGAAAGUCGGCCUGGCGCUGACCGGAUUGUCCACCUUUGCUACGGCAUUCAUCAUCGCCUACAUCAAGUACUGGAAGCUGGCCUUGAUCUGUAGCGCGACCCUCAUUGCUCUGCUCGUGAUUAUGGGCGGAGGCUCCAUGUUCUCCCUGGUGUAUAGCAAGAAAUCACUGGAAUGCCAGGGUCGCUGCGGUAGCUUUGCCGAGGAUAUUCUGGAUUCCGUCCGGACGGUCGUGGCGUUUGAUGCCCAGAAUGUCCUCGCUACCAAGUACGAUGCUCACCUUCAGGAAUCGGAAGGGCCGGCCCGGAAAUCACAAAUCAUCUUUGCUGUCAUGGUGGGCGCAUUGCUGUCCUGCAUCCAUCUGAACUAUGCCCUGGGGUUCUGGCGCGGGAGCAUCUUCCUCGUGCAUGGCGAUAGCGGCGUCCAGGCGGGUGAUAUCCUGACCAUUCUCAUGUCCAUCAUGCUGGGAUCGUACCACCUGGGGAACGUGGCUCCGAAUACUCAGGCCAUCUCUAAUGCCGUAGCGGCAGCCUCCAAGCUGUACAGCACCAUUGAUCGUCCGUCUCCGUUGGAUGCCAGCUCCGAGCAGGGCCUCAAGCUGGGCCACAUCAAGGGCAACAUUGUGCUACAGAAUAUCCGUCAUGUCUACCCUUCUCGCCCCGAGGUCAUUGUUGCCAACGAUCUGAGCGUGUACAUCCCGGCUGGCAAGACCACGGCCUUUGUAGGACCCUCGGGAUCGGGCAAAAGUACCAUCAUCGGCCUGAUCGAGCGGUUCUACAAUCCCGUAGCUGGCCGCAUCACGCUGGAUGGACACGACCUGCAAACCCUGAAUCUGCGCUGGCUGCGACAGCAGGUGUCGUUGGUGUCGCAGGAGCCCCGACUCUUCUCGGCCAGCAUUUACCAGAACAUCAAGUUCGGGCUGAUCGGAUCAGAGUAUGAGAAUGAAACCGAGGCGCAAAUCACCAAGCGGAUUCAUGAUGCUGCCCGCAUGGCGAAUGCACACGACUUCAUCAUGGCCCUGCCCAACCGGUACGACACCAACAUCGGGUCGUUCUCGCUGUCUGGUGGCCAGAAGCAACGCAUUGCCAUUGCUCGCGCCAUCGUCAAAGACCCCCAGCUACUUCUACUCGAUGAAGCGACUUCGGCGCUGGACGCCAAGUCGGAAGAAAUCGUGCAGUCGGCGCUGGAUAAAGCCUCCAAGGGUCGCACGACCAUUGUCAUCGCCCAUCGUCUCUCCACCAUCAAGGAGGCCCACAACAUUGUCGUCCUCGUCAAUGGCCACAUCGUUGAGCAAGGGCCACACGGCCAGCUCAUGGACCGCGGCGGAGUCUACCGCGACAUGGUCGAAGCCCAGCAAAUCAAGCAAAAAGAGGAACGGAAACGACACGAGUCGAUGACCUUUUUCUUCGACGACGACUACGAGACCUUCCGCAUGCAAGAAGAGGACGUCCUCAGCGACGACGCCUCCGACAUUGGCCUGCGAUCCGGCAGCAAGCACAAGCGCCGGAUGACUCGCAUGUCCAUGUUCAUCGCCCCCCUCCCCUCCAAGCUCAAACAAACCUUUUCCCUCUGGACCCUCUUCAAAUUCCUCGCCUCCUUCAACCGUCCCGAAUGGCCCAUCAUGUUCCUCGGCCUCGCGGCCUCCAUCAUCGCGGGGGGCAUCCAACCCUCGCAAGCCGUCCUCUUUGCCAAAGCCGUCAGCACCCUCAGUCUGCCCCCCUUCGAAUACGACAAACUCCGCCACGACGCCAACUUCUGGUCCCUGAUGUUCCUCAUGAUGGGCAUGGUCACCCUCUGCAUCUACAGUCUCCAGGGGACCCUCUUCGCCUACAGCUCCGAACGCAUGAUCUACCGCGCCCGCAGCCAGGCCUUCCGGGUGAUGCUCAACCAAGAAAUCUCCUUUUUCGACCGCGACGAGAACACCACCGGUGCCCUCACCUCCACGCUCUCCGCCGAAACCAAACAACUCGCCGGCAUCAGCGGCGUGACCCUAGGCACCAUCCUCAUCGUCACCGUCAACCUCGGCGCCUCCCUCGUCGUCGCGCUCGUCAUGGGCUGGAAACUCGCCCUCGUGUGCAUCUCCGCCGUCCCGGUCCUCUUGGCCUGCGGCUUCAUCCGCGUCUGGAUGCUGGAUAAAAUCCAACGGCGGGCUAAAUCCGCGUACCAGAAAUCCGCCAGUUCAGCCUGCGAAGCCGCCUCCGCCAUUCGCACCGUGGCCUCUCUCACCAUGGAACCGGAAGUCCUCACCUCCUACGAAUCCCAACUCCACAACCAACUCCAACGCGACAUCUUCCCCAUCCUCAAAUCCUCCGCCCUGUACGCCAGCUCCCAAGCCCUCCCCUUCCUCUGCAUGGCCCUCGGCUUCUGGUACGGCGGUUCCCUCCUCGGCAAGGGCCAAUACACCGUCUUCCAAUUCUACGUCUGCUUCAGCGAAGUCAUCUUCGGUGCCCAAGCCGCGGGGACCAUCUUCUCCCACGCGCCAGACAUGGGCAAGGCGAAGAACGCGGCCGUGGAAUUCAAAAAGCUGUUCCGGAACCAAUCCAUCAACGCGUACAAAAGCACCGGCGUGCAUGUCUCCUCCAUGCAAGGUGAGGUCGAGUUCCGAGACAUCUCCUUCCGAUAUCCGACUCGUCUGGAGCAGCCGAUUCUCCGACACUUGAACCUCAAAGUGAAACCGGGGCAAUAUGUCGCGUUGGUGGGAUCGAGCGGGAGCGGGAAAAGUACCAUCAUCGCCCUGUUGGAACGAUUCUAUGAAGCCCAGGUGGGGGAGAUCUACAUCGACGGACGGAAUAUCAACGCGUUAGAUCGACGGUCGUAUCGCAGCCAUCUCGCGCUGGUGAGUCAAGAACCGUCGUUGUUUCACGGCACCAUUAAGGAGAAUAUUCUCCUGGGGGUGACGGAUCGUGAAUCCGUCUCGGAUGAGAUGUUGGUUAAGGCGUGCAAGGAUGCGAAUAUUUAUGAUUUUAUCAUGUCGUUGCCACAAGGCUUUCAGACGCUGGUCGGCAACAAAGGCGGGAUGCUCUCGGGCGGCCAAAAACAACGCAUCGCGAUCGCGCGCGCGCUGAUUCGAAACCCGCGCAUCUUGCUGCUCGAUGAAGCCACCUCGGCGUUGGAUUCCGAGUCCGAGAAAGUCGUGCAGGCGGCGUUGGAUGCGGCCGCGAAGGGCAGGACGACGAUCGCGGUGGCGCAUCGGUUGAGUACGAUUCAGCGGGCAGAUGUGAUUUAUUUUCUGGAGGGGGGGGAGGUGGUGGAGUCGGGGACGCAUAAGGAGUUGGUGAGGAGGAGGGGGCGGUAUUUUGAGAUGGUGAAUUUGCAGAGUUUGAGGUGA